AUGUGUUUCAGCCAUGAGUUUCUUGUUGCUUACAAUAUCUACCACAAUCAGCCUCAGCGAUUAAUCGUACGGUAUGAAUAUCCAGUAGACACCGAGGAAAAGUAUGUUUCAUUUGUUGAUGAUGAAACUUUCGCCAAACAAGGUUUCGCUGUGACUGUUCCUGUGCUUGCUAAAGUACUUAACGACUCACGUGUGGUUGGUAGCUCUCAAGGAUUGUUGUGCUUGUAUGGUUAUUAUCGAGUUCCAGGUCAUUCUCGUCACAACUCUGUACGAGAGAUGGUUGUUCUUUGGAAUCCUUCGAUUAUAAAAUCAGUUGGUGUAGCUGUGCCUGGUGUGUUAUGUUGGCGUCUUGAAACCAUUCUUGGAUUCGGGGUUUGUCCUAUCAGAAGUGACCCUAUGAUUGUGAAGAUUACACAGGUUAAUCUAAACUGGGAAAUGAGAAGUAGGGCUAGCGUCCCUUGGGUGGUUGAAGUUUUCUCAUUGAGUAAAGGUAGUUGGAGAAUUCUUUCUAGUAAUCUGCCUAAUAAGUCGAUUAAAAUUACAUGGUCUCAGGUAGUUAUAGAAAGGUUUAUUUAUUGGUUUGCUUUUGACAAGUUGGUUGCAGCUGAUGGUGGUUUUUCCACAAAAAGUAUGAUAAUGUCAUUUGAGAAUUUAGUAAACCAGUCUUACAUGAAUUUGUCCAUCUCUAAGGUAUGUGAGUCUCUAGCUGUUCUUGAAUACGCUACAAACAUGAAGAAUCAAGUUUGUAAUAUAUGGGUGAAGAAUCAUGGUGUUCAGAAUUUGUUUAAAAAGCUAUUUACCAUUAAUGCGCCGUAUGCACCAAUAAGGGCACUGGGAUUUACGAAAAGUGGUAAACCUAUAAUGGAAGUGAAAGAUUAUUACAAAGAAGCAGCUGCACUUGUUGUCUAUGAACCCAGCUUGGGAUACAUCAACAAUAUUGGGAUUAGUGGAAAUUAUGGUUCAUUCUUCGUUGGCUCCUACAUGGAAACCCUACUUCUGCUUGAUCAGUCAGAUUGUAGUGUUUAUUCUAACAUUGACAACUGA